UCAGAGCCCGAUGAGGACCUUUCCACGACAAACGGAGCCGACGUUUGUCAGCAUAGCACUGCAGAUGAAACCACCGGGUCUGCAGACACCUGCCGGAUUGGGCCGACUCCCUCAACUGGUUCGUGUUGCUGAGGCGCUGCAGAAAGCGCGCAAGAAACAGACCCAACUCCACAGAGGUCCUCUUAAGGAGUGUGGAGCAAUAAUGAGAUGAAAAGCAAUGAUGACCUGCCUACUGACGCAACCUUUUGAAGAGAAACUUGACCUUCCGUAAAGAAAACUUUCCUGGCUUCUCUCUCCUCACGCUGGCUCUGCUCCUGUUUAAUGAUGUCACUCUCAGACUACAACAACAAAAGCAACACUCAAAUGGACAAUUGUCUGAACCAUCCCAGCCCCGCUUUGUCAGAAAACUAUAACAGAAAGUCAGUCAAAACAUUUUUUUACUUCAGACACGCAAAUGUUCCUAAAAAUCUGGGCAUCAAAUGCGUGCCCACGUUGUUUAUGACCAACCUGAACCAUAUUUCAAAAGUCAAAGUGAUUAGCUUCCUCUUAGGUUCAACAGUGACGUUCCUUGUAAUGGCUUCAUAUAUAAUGAUGUGGGACAAGAAAGUCCCUUUAUUCACUGCUAUGCCCUUUGAGCUUGGACCAGUGGUCAUACAGGGGAGCAGAAAGCCAACUGAAGUUUCUUUUGAAAAUAGUUUAAUAGAUAUUAAUCUACGGGAGAGGAUUACCAGUUCCAUUCAGGAGUACACACCCAGAAAGGUACCUGAGGAAAAAGACGUCAUCGGCACAGAUUCUAAUCUGUUUUCGGUAUUCCCUCGACAGUUUUUGCCCGGCAUCAAGAGCCCGUGCUGGUAUGAAGAGCUCCCGGCUGAAGUCUCCGAUCAGUUCAUCACUGACCUGUACAGGACCAACCGCUUUGCCAUGUUCUCGAGGGGCUUCAACAGAGCCUGUCACCAACUGCGAGCCAACUUCCGUCAGCACCUGACUCAAAGAGAUGGAAAGAGCUACCGUCUGCGUUGCCUACCCUACUUUUACGUCAUCGGCCAACCAAAGUGUGGCACAACAGACUUGUUUCGCAGACUGCUGAUACACCCAGCUGUCAAAUUCAACACCAUAAAGGAGCCGCACUGGUGGACCAGGAAACGGUUUGGUUACAUCCGUUUUAAGGAGGGCUCUCAGGAAAAUUAUCCUGUGGAACAUUACCUCGAUCUGUUCGACUUAGCAGCCAACAACAUCUUAGAAGGGCUCAGAAGAAAUUCAUCUGAAGACCACCGAGCACAGCAGAUCACAACAGGUGAAGCCAGUGUAUCCACCAUGUGGGACAACCAAGGUUGGAGCCAUCUCCAUCGAGACAGUGAGGAUCAUGAGCCCCCUUUCCUGGUUCAGGACUUUAUCCACACAGUUCAACCGAAUGCCAGAAUCAUCAUCAUGCUCAGGAAUCCAGUCGAAAGGCUUUACUCUGACUACUUGUACUUUACCACAGCUGACAAGUCAGCAGAGGACUUCCACGAGAAGGUGACAGUGUCAGUUAAAGUGUUUCAGACCUGCCUCUCUGAGAGGUCGCUCCGCUCCUGCAUCUACAGAACCAGCACCUUCAAGAGCAUGCCGGUAAGACUAAACCUGGGUGUUUACUUUGUCUACAUCCUGGACUGGCUAACCGUUUUCCACAAGGAACAGAUUCUAGUUCUACAACUGGAAGACUACUCAACCAACAUUAAAGCUACAAUGAAAAGAGUUUUUGAUUUUUUGCGUGUGGGUCCUCUGUCAGAGGAGCUGGAGGCAGUGCUGGUCAAACACCCCAUGUUUAACACCCGCCGGACUAAAGACAAAAAACUUGGCCCAAUGCUUCCAGCCACCAAAGACCUUCUUGACAAAUUUUACCAGCCCUUCAACCAAAAGUUGGCCGAAGUUUUGAAAAACAACAGUUUCCUUUGGAGUGACACCUGAAGGGGCGUGAGCACAGAUGAACUGAGAGCAGAAGUGAAUCAUCAGAGCACAAUCAGAGCAAGAGCUUUUGCUCUGACAGCACAACAUGGACCUAUAAUGGAGGAACUGUGACGUUUGAUUGAUUUUAAAAGAUUAUAGAUGUAUAAAGUUAACAUGAUGAGAAGAAUUUUGCAUUUUGAUGCUGUAUUUUUUCAUUUAAUCAUGCAUUUCUGUUUUUUCUGUUUGACUCUGAGGGAAAUGUACUUUUUUUAGUUUACCAAUUGGGUAGAUAUCAAGACUGGAAAAGCACUGUCCCUACAAAGCAUGGGAAGUUUAGCUUUGCUCUGAACAAUUGCUGGAAUAUAGCUGAGACAGAGCUACACUUUGCGCAAAUAUCAUGUUUCAAAUUUUUUUAUACCUUUUUGUGUUCAGUGAAAAGAUUAAUACCAAUGUGAGACAUCUCACUUUCCUUUUUGGAAGUAAACAGAUGCUUGAUUUUCUUUUAGUUUUGGAUUUCAGUUACAUUCUAUUAUUCUUAGGAAAAAUACUUAAUUACUGUUUUGGAGGUUGAAUAAUUGAAUUAAUAUUUCCAAGCUCAACACUUUGUGUAAAGGGUAAUAUACAAACUGUUUUAUUGCAUUCUGAUAUAGCAAACAUGUAAGAGAUAAACUCAAAACUAACAGUUUUGCAGAAAUGAUCAAAUUAAGCUCACAGGGCCAGCUGUUUUCCAUAAAGUCAUUAUCAUUCACUUUGGAUGCCAAGUUGAUGUUUACAAAUGAUUUAAUCUAAUGAACUAAUCGGGAUUAAUUUGCUUUUUUUUAAUUGUUGAUUUUAUGUUGGUUUGUGUUUUAAAAUGUAAGUUAGCUUGUCCGGGUCUUGGGAAAAGUGAAGAAUUCACCAUGGUGCAUUAUUAUGGUACAAAUAACGACUGAUUGAAAAUAGUUUUUUGUGGAAGGUGUUUUCACGCCACAAUGGAUGCCGAAGUCUUUAAAACUACAUGCAAAAUCAUCUGAAUAGUUUUCCCCUGUAAAAAGUUAAAUCUUGGUAUCUUGUUAAAAUCUACCAAAAUGGUUAUAUUUUGUGGUGAUGAGCUUCUUGUUCACCUUCAGGGGUCCAUCACAGGAGGGCGCUGUAAUACAAGUUUUAGUUCUACAAACACAAUAUCGCUAAAAGUCGUCACUGACCUGCCUUGAUAUCCACAUGAAUUCAUGUAACCUCCUAUUCUUAACCUGUCUGGUUCGAUAUUAUAUAAACUAAUUAUAUAUUUAACUUAGAAUUUAAUGACUCAAAAUAUCUACUGUUAAACACAACCACAUACUAUUAUUGAGCAAAUCAAAUGAUCAGUGCAGUGAGGGAAAGGGGCCUGUGGAGGGCGUGUUCUCCGUAUUCAACAUACUAUGUCUUUUUGUAUGUUCCUAGUAGAACUUCUCUUGGAUGAUGAUUUUCAUACACGGAAAAUCUCCAAAGCUGAUUUUCAACGUUCUCCCAGUUCAUCCAAGACAAGUGGCGGCUGUCUACAGAGAUGUGAUGAAAUUAGGUGAACCUUGACGUUUUCUUACAAUUCUCCAGAUCCCUUUUCACACUUUUCUGCUCAUUCAAGUGAGAAGAAAAGUCACAGCUACCUUGUUUGAGGACGUAUUGAGAUCAGUGCAGGAUGGGAAAGACCCAAAUAUGCCGUUUAGAAAGACUUUUUAAUUUUUUCCUUUUUUUUUAGUAAAAAGGACAUUAUCAUCUGCAAAAAAAGGAAUAGAAAAACAAAUUAUGCCUCAGUUACAGUGUACUAUUUAUAUAAUGUAGUUUUCAGCCAUUAUUUUUCAGCAAUGUUUGUUCCUGUUUUUUACCCUGUCAGUCCAGCAAUGCAUGGGGUCUGCACUUUCCCAGACUGUUUCACCGAGAAGGAUAAAGGUGUGAGAAGAUGUUUCUGCAAUGAACACCCUCAGUUUGAUUGUUGAUGCGGGUCCACACACUGAACCCCUGAUCCCCUCUUGGUUUUGUUUGAUUCUUCUACACGGUAUGUCUAUAAUGACCUGAGGUAAAUUAACAUGCUGGAAGGGAAGAAGGCAAUCGAGACUUUGAAGCAUCCUCAGCUCACUGAUUAGUGAAUCAAUUGAAAAGGCAAUGGAUAAAGAUCAUUAACCCAAACCGAGGUUCAAAGCUGCUGAAGGAGACGGAGGGGAAACGGAAAUAAGAGAGGGAGCAUCCAUGGAAUAUUUUUAGAAGAAGUCCUCCUACCUCUAAUAAUGCCCUGAAUCCAAAUGUCAUGCUUCUACUGAAUGCAGUCGAAUAAUCACAUUGUUUGAGCUGCAGUUCUUGAGUACUUGUGUACUCAAAUUGUGCUCGUGAUUCCUCAUCAACAAAUGACUAUAGAAAUAAAAAACGUUUGACUGUAACAGAUAAGCUCUGUACAAAAUAGAG